AUGCAUACUUCGCAGAAUGCCCUGCUUGGGUCCCUGAAGGACAUCCUCAAGGCUCAACAAGAUUCUGGUCGUAAGGAUAAGGACAUGCGUGCAGGACCCACGCAGCCCAUGAGUCAGCUGAUGCCGUGCGGGAUCUGUGAAGGGAAGCAUGCAUCCUAUAACUGUCCCCAUAAGAAGUGCAGUGAGGGUUGCUUUAUCUGUGGUUCUAAGGCACACUUGUCCCACUCGUGUCCCGAGCGCCCAGCUCUGCUGGAAAAGAUUAAGAAGGGUGUGACGCCGGAACAGGGAAAUUAG